GCUGAGUAGGUACUCCGUUGUUUUGAACGGGACAGCUCGUGCCCAUGUCUUUCACAAGAAGCUUCGCAGUUCGCCUAGAGAACUGAGUGUCUAGCUAGCCGAGGUACUCAGAGGCUAGUCCAGAGUUAGAUCGCUCGUUUGUACGUCGUUGAGACGUAAGGUCCCUCCGGUAUCGUGUCCUGGGCCCGAGAGAAAGGUGCCCGUACCGCCGACGGAAGAUCGCGCUACAGAGAGCGCCGUCGGAGACUAUCCACGUCGCCAGCAGUCAGUGAGAUAGGUCGAAAGGAACCUCUGCGUUUCCCUCUCCCCGUUGCCUCCAGCAUGAGCAGCCGUCUCUAGCAGACGCUGGAAGAGUGUGAGAGUACAUUGGAUCCGCCAGACCCCGUCCGCCUCCCGAGAGAAGCCUGCAAAUGAGCGAGCAAGGCAGAAAGCAAGAGGAUAUUUCGUCAUCUCACAAGUCAUCUCGGACUGCCACCACAGCGCUGACCCCUCAGUUGGGACCCCCCACAGCGUCCCCCUCGCUCCUCGCCUACCCCCUGCCCCCUCCUCCGCCCCACCACGACUACUCGCAUCAUCUCUACACCAUGAUGCGUCCGGGAGCCCUCGCAAUGGCUCCACAGAUGGCCCAGUCCAUUCAGACAGCCAAGCCAUGUCGCAGUAAUGACAUGGGCCCUCCAAUAUUCAUGCCAUCUCUCAACCUGGGUACUCCCAAAGGAAACUCACCUUCCUCCGCCUCCUCCCCAAACACCUGCUCUGCUGGACCAAAUUCUAGUCUCUCGGCCUCUUCUUCUUCUUCCUCGGUCGGCGUCGUCACCGCCAACGCCCACCCAAUGUCCGAUAUGAUUCUCUCCAAUGCACCCACCAUCCCCGAGUUUCAUCACUCCAUACACCCCUCCUUCUACAGCACCCCUGGGAUCAGACCACCGACUGGGCACGUGUCUAUUCCAACAGGUGCCCCGCAGGUUUUCGGCCGUCGUCACAAACAAACGACCGACGGUUAGCUCAGGGAACAUUGCGAAACCGACCCCGGUACAAGCAACCCACGGGUCAAAGAUAGGCGGGGGGACGUACAUAAAGACCAUGCCACCUUCGACUAGUAAGGGAGUGGGGGCUAACCCAAUGUCGAUUCCUGGGUCCAACAACAAACCUCCUACGAUCCCAUCAGCUUCUUCCUCUGGUGUUAUUCCGGUUACUAUUCCCAGCUCUGUUUGGACGGCCGGCUCGCCGAGUUUCCCCCCGGGAUCCAGCGUCAUUAAACAGCCGCUCUCGACGCAGCAACCGAGACAACCUCACCAUCAUCACGCUCACGGACCAACAGUAGUCUCUGUACACUCGGGGGUACCCUCAUCGCAAGCAUACUCUCCUUUAGUCGGGAAACAACCGCCCCCGCAUCAGCAACGAGCGAACCCUGAACCAAUGUUCAUCGCCCACCCCACCAUGCAAGGUCACGUGAUCCCUGUGGCGGCGUACCCUGCAAUGCUCUCGGCGGCACAUGGUGGAGCAGCAGCAGUUCCACACCCUACCAGCAGCACGCUGACUGAGCUCCUUGCUCCGAGUCCAGUCGUUGCCAUGUCUUCUCUGCGAGACGGAGGAGGGGGAGGGGGAGGGGGAAAGGCGGGGAAAGUCCACGACGUUGCCAUGAGACCUUAUUCUCCGCAACACAUCUCUUCGAGACAUGGCCCUUCAGGUAUCAGGGAGCGUUCUACAAGUGGAGACACUGGCUCGAGUGGAAUGCCGUCGCCACAGACAAGAACUGAGUCUCACACAACUAGUGCACAGCCCACUCCCAACGCAGACCACAUUGACACAAGAUUAGAACGACCAGCUCAGCCUUCCUCUGGACCAUCCGGACAGCUGUCCUCGCCACUGGGCGUCCCCUCUCCUUACCAAGGUCCACCUAGAGAGAGGAGUAAUUCCACCGACACGCCCAGUGUCAUCCCCAUCAUCAGCAAUCCCGGGUUGACCGGGAGACACAUUGCAGCCAUAUCCAGCAACCAACCUCCCGGAUACGCUCCGAACAACUCCGGUGGCACGCCACAGUCACUCCAACCCACGCACACACCUGGUGCUAACCUCUACAGGAGUGUCCCCCGGAGUAAAUCGGAGUACGGGGUAGACCCGGGUUCCCUUCCUCCUGCCCACCCCACAACGCUGCAUCUAGUCGCGGGGUCCACUCCUCAAGUCCAGAAUGCUAGUCCGUGGAAACACCCUUCAUUUAGUACACUUGCAGCUGUUGCAGCGGCCGCAGCACAGUCGACACUCACCGCGACUGUCAUCUCCUCUUCCUCGUCGUCGUCAUCAUCGGUCAAUUCCCCGGGGGGCACCCCCCAUCACCCAAAUUCGCUCCCCCUCUCUGCGGGCGGUUCCCCCAUGACCAGCCUUUCUCCCAGCAGAAGACCUGGCAUCAUUAGAAAGAGACCCCACGAAAGUUGGACCGGGAGUCCGAAUCUCAACAAGAUUCCUUUUGGGUCUGCAGUGUCUCUCUCCUCGCCCGGCCACGCCCCCAGGGGUGGUGACAAUGGAGCUCACUCCUCACACCCUCUCUCCCCUCCCAUCUCCACAUACUCACCUCAUCAGGCGAUGGCUGAAUCUCUCACCAAUCACGUCUCCUCCCUGGACUCCGCCCCUCCCCCGCCCGGCGACAUCAUUCCAUCUCCCCGCAAGAAACGGAGAAAACAGGACGUUAUUCCUACUGACGAUCAGUAUGCCAGCAACGUACCAAACAACAUCCGGCCCGAUGUCGCCAUGGCAAUGGAGAGUGACCUCGCCUCCUCUGUCUCUCCUCGUCAGCAGGUUUCCAUGGCUACCAGAACCAGAGGGAGAAGGGAUGAUUCUUCCAGUCCGAGAGAAGAUAGCACUGGUCCUUGCUCGGUUGUGGCCACACCCCUCGAACGGGGAGGGGAGGUCCAGUAUCUGUCGCAGUUGAGGCAGCCUCAGUGGCCCAUCAACGGACUGUACCGCACCCAUCAUCGGGCAGCCCACAAUCACUUUAAGAGACACGCUGACAUCAAACACAUUGAGCUAGAGACUGUGACUGCUACUGGUAUUGCCAACGACAAGACUGCGGCCACCAGAGCUAGUGGCUGGAAGAUUUACCACCUCGACCCUCAGCUGGAAGAAAUGCUUCAGGUAGAGAGAGAUGUUCUGGACAUGGUGAAGAAAGUCGAAAAGAGUCUAUCAAACCUAUCGCAGUGUGCCACGUGUCCCAUCCCUUCAGACGUCUUGGACGGUCUGGGAGAGAUAAUUGAGGGAAACGUGGCUAGAUCGAAUCGCAUUAUAUCGCACCUGGAAACCACCAGAACUAAGAUGGUCAAGCUGCUAGAUCACAGACCAACAGUCUUGGAUCUUCUAUCGAAAUCCUCGACAAACAAGCGCUCGUCGCCAUUUCACUCUCUUCCACACAAACUAAGGACUUAGCACUCACUUUUCAAAAUCUCCUAAACCAGAAAUAAAUGUUUCCUCUCCGUCGUCUCUCUUCUCUCUAAUUGACUUUUGUACAGCUGUAAAUACAGCCACUCUUCUAUAUAUAUAUAUACCAAGGCUUUCUCUUCCACUCUACUCAUGUUCAAGUUUGGGUCACCACCCCAACCAACCCAGGUUGCUUAUGAUAUUAUAUCACAACAUUAUUUUGCUGAGCUAGUCUGUCAGUCUGUACAGAUGUAUAUAUUAUUGUACUCUGUCUUCUCCCUAUUAUGGAUAUUUCUGAACGA